UAUGCUCUGUAAUACAUUUUAAGGAGGUGGUUCACUCAGCCUACUCUCGGUCCCGGGGGACUGCAGAAGCAGCGGCGUAACCUGAGCGUGUGCGGCUGGCGACGGGGUGCGAGAACCCGCGCGGUGAGGCGCGGAGCGGAGCAUCCAUCUCUCUGCGGACGAUUACCAUCCCUGUGACGAAUACUCCGAUCCCCGAACCGCAUCGGCAAAAGAAAGGAUUCCCCCUCGGCUGGCGGCUGGCGGCUGGCGGCUACACUGCACCAACCUCGGAUGGGCGGGAAGGCCGGUCAGCGAGCGGGCGAGGCGGCGGCAUCAAGUGGGCCGCAGCGGACGCGGUGUCCAUGGUAACAGGCGGCUGAUCGGCGGCGCACGGCGGAGCCAUGCUGGCAGGCUCCAUUCAGAUCUCCGGGGAGACCCUCUCCUCGGCCGAGGUCAAGGAUAUCUGUGAGUCCCUGAGGGCCCACUCGGUGCGGCUGCUCUCCCUGCGCGGCUGUCACCUGUCGGACCGCGAUUUCGGCCGCAUCAGCCGCCAUGUAGCCGAUUGCCAGUCGCUGGCGCAGCUCAACCUCAACCUUGGUGUGGUCAGCACCCUGGCCCGGGUGCAGCAGCUGGCAGAAGCCCUCGUCGCCAACAGAUCCAUCCACUCCCUGUUAAUCUAUGAUGCUGGGAAUACGCAGCAUGGAGGGAGGCUUCUAGCGAGAGUGAAAAAUAAUGUUUACGUUUCCAACUUGAAACAUUUAUCUCCCGGAUCCGUGCAGAAUAUCCUCCAUUCGCCUUUCAAGAUCAGUCUUCAUGGCAGUCCUCUCACUGAUUCUGGAUUGGCUGUCCUAAACCCUGCCCUUUCCCUGCAUCCCUCCCUCAUAUCACUGGACCUCGGAGACUGUGUCUUGGGUGAUGAAGCAAUAAAUCUCAUCUGUGGACUGUUACCACCUGAUGGAGCAAAGUCAGGACUGAAGGAACUGACGCUCAGUGCUAACCCUGCUAUCACAGUGAAAGGAUGGGCACGUCUGAUGAUUGCAGUUGCACACAGUUCUCAACUUCGUGUUCUUAAUUUAGAUUAUAAUCCAUUAGGUGAUCACAUUGCUGGGAUGUUGGCAGUUGCUGUGGCUUCUAGUCGGACUCUGGAGGUAGUAGAUCUCGAGGGAACAGGCCUCACAAACCAGUCAGCUCAGAUAUUUCUGGAUAUGGUUCAGAAUUAUCCCACCUCCAUGCGGAGCCUCAUCCUUGCAGAAAAUAACAUUAGCCUGGAACUGCAGCAGCAAAUCUCAGAUCUUUUGUCUGAAGGAGAAGAAGAGGAAGACAAUGAUAAUGAAGAUCAAGAAGAUUCAGAAAGAGAGAAAGACAUCUGGAUUAAUCAAAGCAAUCAAGCGUCACCAACUAUCCUCAUGUCAACGGGCCUUGAAGAUUCUCUGCUGGCAGAAACGGAAAUGUAAUAGUUGUCGAUGGCAGGGUGUGUUGUACCACUGCUGAACCCAACCACACAGCACUAUCAUUAAUGUCUCCUUGUCUUGCAAUGCUGCCAUUGAACUUUUUCACUGGACAGAACCAGGACCCUGUCCAUAUUUUAUCACUUGGAUCACAUAGAGUUGUAGUCCUUAGCUGAUAAUGACUGAGAAAGCACCUCCAAUCAUUUCACAUCAACUACCUUUAUGCAUUAUUUACUUUUAAUAAUUUAUUGAAAUUCUAUUAGUCUGAUCAGUCACUGCACUGCAAAGCAAGAGAAAUGGAUUAUGUGAAGCACUGGAAUGUUUUGAUGUGAUAAUGCACUGUGUAAAUGGAAUAGUUAUUAUCUAUUAUUGGAAUAGCUUACAUAGAUCCUGUAUUCAGCUUUGCUAUCUCCUCUAAAGCUGCUGACUGUCCUGUCUGUAAAAUGAGAAUCUUACAGGGACUCACUGAAGAAUUACUUUCUGCAACCUUUCCCAAGUGAAAUUAUGAACCAAUUAUGGAACCACAGUUCUCUUCACUGAUCUAGAAUGAGUCAGAGGUGAUAAUACUAAACUUUAGUAGUUAAUGGAAUAGUUAUUCUUUCCCACAUAGCCUCUGCUGCUAUCUCCAAUAUGGUCUGAAAAGUAAAUUGGGUUCUCACAGAAUAAACAUAAGUUACUUAACAUCCCAUAGUUAUGCAGAUCCCCAUCUGACCCCAUCUCUGAAGCCUGGAGUCUACCUUUGUACCAGGCUCAUAAAAGGUGACAAGAGCAGGCCAGAGACUGUGGUGAGUGCCUGACGUAAUAGUUCACAAAGCAUUACAAAACACAACUCUAAAGUGUGAUGGAAUUCUCUCCACCUACCCUGAUGAGUACAGUUUCAGCAACUCACAGGAAGUGCCAACUCCAUUCAGGAGAAAGCAGUUUUCUUGAUUGGCACUCCAUCAACUACCCUCCAUCACUGAAACUCACCCACAAGAUGGAUCAUAGCAGCUCACCAAAGUUCUCCAAUGGCCUAGACUGUCAAGAAGGGCAAGAACAGGCACUUGGAGCACCACCAUCUCGUGACUAGUAUAUUGGUCAGAGAAAUGAAGAUAGCUCCAAGUAGAUGGGAUCACUGUUGCUUCCAAUUCAACUUAAUUGAGUGGGUUAAAUAACAAAGUUCUUUAAAGAAGAGAAGUAAAGAUGUGGUCCUGCACAAAGUUUGCUGGAAACCAAGAAGCAGAGGAAUAUGAUAAGAAAUUAACUUUUAAUGAGACAGUGAAUUAUAAUAGAAAUAUCAAAGGAUUUAUUUUUUGAUAAAUUUUAUUCAGUUUUUAAGCAACAAAUAAUUUGCACCUAGAAAAUGCUGAGAUGUCCAACAGCAGAUGAGCUCUUGUACCACCAGAGCUCUGACCAGAAGCUGCUACAAGUUCUGUUUGGGGUGGAGCUCAGCUGACUGUCAGGAGAAAUGUCUAGAUACCUAGCUUGCAUCUGUGUUAUCCCUCACAGCCGCAUGUGCACACACGCACACACAAAAUGUAAACGACUUGCAGUCAUUGUGUGAUGCAGUUGACUUGAAUACUGACCCAAAAGCAGGCAGAAUUUUCCCUGCACAUUCUUCCAAUGUGGAGGCUACCAGGUGAGGUUAGUUGAACUGUGGAAGAAACUACAGAUUUAAGAAAAUAACUCCAAGCAACAAAACCCAAAUAAAUUACAUAUCUGACAUUAGAACUGCAGAGAUAGCUAUGAAAACUGUUGCUGAUAUGUGCACAUCAUGAAAUAUAAUUUCAUAAAUCCAACUAAAUCAGAACUGUUUCUCUUUCCACAGCUGCUUCCUGUCCUGCUAACUGUUUCCUGCAUUUUCAGUUUCAAUUAUCAUGUCACAAUGCUUGCUUGCUUAUUCAAAAAUAAACAC